AUGCCUCCCCGAGCGUCCGCGAAGCGCAAAAACGAUGAUAGCCCUUACGCAAUAUCAGGUAUAAAGCGUAUGGCUGGAAACGGAAACGGUCAUGGCGGUUAUCCUUCAAGAGAACAGCGCGACCGUGACGCACACACUACCAAUGCAGCUGCCGGCAGGGACAGGGAAAGGGACUGGUAUAAUGAUAAAUAUGGAAAUCUGAGUAGUUAUGAAAAAGAUACGACAAGCACCGUUGGCGGCGGCAAAAGAAGAAAAAUCGACAAUAUCGCAGGCACUAAUGGAAGUUCUGCCGGCUAUUACAAUGUCAACACCGCGGGUGCCACC